AUGGCAACGGUCACGAUUCUCUCUCCCAAAUCGAUCCCAAAGACCAUCGAUUCCAAAUUCGGAGUUAGGGUUCCUGAUUACACCGUCGGUUUCUCUCUCAACGUUCUUAAAUACGGCGAUUCCCGCCGGAGACUGAAGCUAGCGAAGCUGGUUUCGGCGGCGGGAUUGUCACAGAUCGAACCAGAUAUCAACGAAGAUCCAAUCGGUCAAUUCGAACUUAACAGCAUUGAAAUGGAGGAUUUCAAGUAUGGCUAUUACGAUGGAGCUCACACUUACUACGAAGGAGAAGUUGAAAAGGGAACAUUUUGGGGAGCAAUUGCAGAUGAUAUUGCAGCUGUGGAUCCUCCAUCUGGAUUUCAAGGUUUAAUCUCUUGGAUGUUUCUUCCUGCUAUAGCUGCAGGGAUGUAUUUUGAUGCUCCGGGAGAGUACAUGUUCAUAGGAGCAGCGUUGUUCACGGUGGUGUUCUGUAUUAUAGAGAUGGAUAAACCAGACAAGCCGCACAACUUCGAGCCACAGAUUUACAAGUUGGAGAGAGGAGCUCGUGACAAGCUCAUUAGUGAUUACAACUCUAUGAGCAUUUGGGACUUUAAUGACAAGUAUGGUGAUGUCUGGGAUUUCACUGUUGAGAAAGAUGAUAUCGCCACUAGAUAA